AUGCGAAUUCUCUCCUUCCUGAUCCUCCUCAUUUUCUCCUCCUCACUUGGCCUGCUUCCUCAUUCCUCACUCCCUUCCACACCGGCAGCCGCACAGCCAUACAUCCCAUCUCAAUCCGACAAAGCUCUGCAUUUUAUAUGCUUUUUCGCUUUGACUGCCACAUUCUACUUCAUCCUCGACACUAGCCGGCGACGGGUGAUUCACCUCACCCUGAUUGUGUGCACGCUCUUCCUCGCAGUCGGAAGCGAAGUCGCACAGGGUUUGCUUCCGAACGACCGCGAGUUCGAUCCUUGGGAUGUUCUUGCAAAUGUUCUAGGAAGCCUUGCAGCUCUGGGGCUCGCCAGCACGUAUCACCGACGGGCGGCCGAGAGACGAAGAAGGGCCAAAUAUUCGUCUCUCACCGGCGAUGGCUUAGAAGGCGAAGACCUUGAGCUCGGUGAAGGAGCCAAUAGGGAACCUGGACGACCGAACGCCGAUGAUCAAGAGACUGGUGUUGCGCCUCGGACAGUCGAGGAAGAAUUAGACAAUUGGGACGAGAAUGCUCCUGAUGAUGCCUGGGAUGACGAUGACGAUGCGACGACCAGUGGCCCGAUUACCAAGGUGACACCUUCAACCAGUUCAGCAGGAAGUGACGAACCUCCGAAGAAGGUUGCGGUCGAUUGA